ACAGGGCUGCGCUGUGUAAGAGCCCCACUGGCACUGACUGUGCGAUUCACUGCCCCGGGCACAGCUUGCUGCUAGGGCAAUACCGGGCAGUACCGGGACACAGGGGGCGGGGCACCAACACACAAGCCUUUAUUUAUUUGUUCUCUGUCAGAAGUGGGAGGCGCAAACAGAGGAAAUAGAUUGUGGGCGGAGCUACCACUUCCCAGCUUUUUCCGCCUUGUGGUCGCUCCCACAAGGCUGUUACGUGUUGCGUCACCGCGCUUACGUGCAGGCGUGAGGAGACUUGUGACGUUGUUAUUUUCGCAAGAGCGGAGGCUGCGGGGACUGCUCUGUGGGAGACAUUCCCAUCACUGAGAGAGAGAGGGGGGCUGUGCUGGAGCAGAGAUGAGCUGGGCCGGCGCUGGGAACUGCACCCCAACAAGUUCUGGGCAAGUUGUGAUGGAACCUGAGCAGAGAGCCAGGCCGACCCAUUAAUCCCACUCUGUGCUACUGUGGGGCUUCUACAGGCAGCAGCUCUGCCCUCUCUGUGCAGAUAUUUUACUUCAGGAACCUUCAACAUGAAACUUCUAGAGAAUUCACAUUUUGAAGCUGUAAACUUCCAGCUGUGCGUGGAAACGGGCGAUGCGCACAUUAUAGGCAGGAUAGAGAGCUACUCGUGCAAGAUGGCGGGGGACGACAAGCACAUGUUUAAGCAGUUUUGCCAGGAGGGACAGCCACAUGUUCUGGAAGCGCUCUCACCCCCCCAGAGUGGCGCCAGCCCAAGCAGACUAGGGAAGAGUCAGGGUGCGGAUGAGGAGGGGCCCCUGAGUGACAAGUGCAGCAGGAAAACCUUAUUCUAUCUCAUUGCCACUCUCAACGAGUCCUUCCGGCCCGACUACGACUUCAGCGCCGCGCGGGCCCACGAGUUCAGCCGGGAACCCAGUCUCAAUUGGGUGGUGAAUGCAGUGAAUAGCAGCCUUGUGUCGGCAUUAGGGGAUGACUUUACCCCCCUGAGGCCCAAGCUCUGGGAUGCGGUGGAUGAAGAGAUUAACUUGCUGGAAUGUGAUAUCUACAGUUACAACCCAGACCUGGAUUCUGACCCAUUUGGGGAGGACGGGAAUUUGUGGUCCUUUAAUUAUUUUUUCUACAACAAAAAAUUGAAGAGAAUCGUUUUCUUUACCUGCCGCUCCGUCAGUGGCUACACCUAUGCUCUCGCUGAUACUGGCACAGAGCUGGAGAUGGAUCUGGAGGAGGAAGAAGAUGAUGAGCCCAACUGUGUUGCGGGGGAGUGGCCCCAGCUGAUGUGCAUCUGAACACGGCGGAGGUUGGCGUUGCUCUUCGGUGGUCCCAGCGCUGACGGCUUCUCCCCCCCCCCCCCCCCCGGCGCAUUUCCUGCGCUUCUAAGCUCCCCCCCCGUUUCCCACUCUCUGUUUUUGGACCGUGACGCAGGAUUUUCACUCUGGAGGCUUUUUUUUUUUUUUUUUUUUAUAGAGGGGCAACUUUUUCAGCUUUUGGAUUAUUUUCUCAGUUUUCCUGUUGGGAAUUCACUGCAGUUCCAUCCUGUUCCAUUUCUCAGGAAUUCUGCCCCAGCCCCCCCCAUCCUGGGUCAGUGCCCUGAGCCCCUGUAUAUCUGCUAUCGGCCCCUGACGGAUUCUUGGAUUUC